AUGUUGUCAAUACAGACUAGUAAGAACACUGGAAACAUUACUAGUAGCUACAAGGCAGCUUUAAAGAAUCUGAACAUUUCUGAGGAAGCUAAGGAGUGCUUGCAACAAGCCCUUAAGGAAAUGGGGGACAGUAGUAAGCUUCAGCAGCCUGACAUAGAAGCUGGCAAGAACACAGGGAAUGUUAUUAGAGGUCACAAGGCUACUCUUACUAAUCUCAGAGUCUCCAAGGAAGCAAAAGAACACUCCUACACUGUACUCAAGGACAACCAGGCUCUUUAA